CAUUGCCCCAAGCAGCCUCUGUGGCUCAGCUUUCGCUCCAGUUGCUCCGGCUGCAGGCGCUGCCACCUCCUGCGGAGAGUGUGAAGCCGCAGACCCCAGCCCCCACCCUGCAAGCCCAGGCAUGGAACGAGGGAUCUGGGCCCUUCUCCUGGCACUAUCAAGCCUGCCUGCCUUGGAAGCCAAUGACCUGCAGGAUGAGGACAGUCCAUUUCACUAUGACUGGGAAAGCCUGCAGUUGGGCGGGAUGAUCAUCGUGGGGCUCCUGUGCAUCCUUGGCUUAGCCUUGGCCCUGAGUGGCAAGUGCAAGCGCAAAAGCAGUAACAGCCCCUUACCUGAGAAAGCCAAGCCACUCAUUACUCCAGGUUCCGCCCAAAACUGCUGACCACAGACUGCACCCCGGAUGCCACAGAAGAAGACCGCGCUGGAGGCCUCUUUCUCCUCUGGCACCUUUUGACAAUAAGGCUGC